AUGGGAAUUUGUAUCUGCUUUUCUGAUAGAUUUAACAUUUUUUCAAUAAUAAUUAUUUUAAGAGAAAGCGUCAAAAAAUUCGCUGAUGAAAAAGUAGCCCCAUUAGCCGAAGAAACUGACAAGAAAAAUUCCUUUCCAAAUCAUUUAUGGAGAGAAUUAGGAGAUAUGGGUUUAUUAGGAGUAACGGUCCCUACAAAAUAUGGUGGAAGUGAAUUAAACUAUUCAGCCCAUUGUAUGAUAAUGGAAGAACUAUCACGUGCAAGUGGUUCUAUUGGUUUAAGUUAUGGAGCUCAUACAGCUUUAUGUAUUGGAUAAUUAGAAAGACAUUGUACAGAAGAAUAAAAAGAAAAAUAUUUACCUAAUUUAUGUAGUGGGGAAACUAUAGGAGCAUUAGCAAUGAGUGAAGUUGGUGCAGGUUCAGAUGUAGUUUCAAUGAAAUUAAAGGCUGUAAAAAAAGGAAAUAAAUAUGUUUUAAAUGGAAAUAAAAUGUGGAUUACAAAUGGGCCAGAUGCUCAUGUAUUUGUAGUAUAUGCAAAAACAGAGCCUGAAUUAAAACAAAAAGGUAUUACAGCAUUUAUAAUAGAAAAAGGAAUGAAAGGCUUUUCUUAAGGAUAAAAAUUAGAUAAAUUAGGUAUGAGAGGUAGUAAUACUUGUGAAUUAAUAUUCGAAGACUGUGAAGUUCCUGAAGAAAAUAUUUUAGGAAAAUUAAAUAAAGGCGUCUAUGUACUUAUGGAUGGACUUGAUUAUGAAAGACUAGUUUUAGCAGCUGGACCAGUUGGAAUAAUGUAAUCAUGUAUGGAUUAUGUACUUCCUUACUUAAAAUAAAGAGAAUAAUUUGAUGCACCUAUAGGAAAUUUCUAAUUAAUGUAAGGAAAAAUAGCUGAUAUGUAUGUAAAAUUAUAAUCUUCACGAGCUAUGUUAUAUUCGUGUGCAAAAGCAUGUGAUGGAGGAAAUUACUCGAAUACUGAUUGUGCAGCAGUUAUUUUAUAUACUUCAAUGUGUGCUACUGAAGUUGGAUUAGAAUCCAUAUAAGCUUUAGGUGGAAACGGAUAUACUAAUGAUUAUCCUGUUAAUAGAAUGAUGAGAGAUGCUAAAUUAUAUGAAAUUGGAGCAGGAACUAAUGAAAUAAGAAGAUGGUUAAUUGGAAGAGAAUUAAUGAAAUAAUAAAAUACAAAUUAAUGA